AUGGAUCAGUGCUGAUGGAUCAGUUUUGCCUUUUAGAUAAUGAAUAAGAUUAUAUGGAUAGUUUAUAAAGUUCAGACUGACUCUUCACCCUGACUCUUCUAAUAAACGGUAUCAUUAUUUUACUGUCAAUGAUCUGUAUGCAGGUGUGCUCAACCAGGUCAACAAAGAGGAUAUCCAAGAUAGCCUAUCAUAAAGGUGUUGUCCUAGUGACCUGCCCAGGAUGUGAAAAACACCACAUUAUUGCUGACAACUUGGGUUGGUUCUCUGACCUGAAGGGAAAGAGGAACAUUGAGGAAAUCCUUGCAGCGAAAGGGGAGAAAGUGAAGAGGGUAGAAGGAGAGGCGGCCUUCGAGAUUGUUGUAGACAAGUCCGGCAAGGAUUCAACACAGACUGCUCACGAUGCAGAUGCAAAGAAACCUUCACCAGAGUCUGAUGACUCAGGGAAAUCAUGACUAACUCUCUGUGUG